UUGCGCAAUGCAUUUUUGAUCUUUGAGCAGAAAAGUUCCAAAACAACAUACAAAGACAUCAAAAUGGGGCUCUUGACCAUUCUAAAGAAGAUGAAGCAGAAGGAAAAAGAAAUGAGACUUCUAAUGCUAGGGCUAGACAAUGCUGGUAAAACUACCAUUCUCAAGAAAUUCAAUGGAGAAGACAUUGACACCAUAUCGCCAACGUUAGGAUUCAAUAUCAAAACAUUAGAACAUAGAGGUUUCAAAUUAAAUUUCUGGGAUGUUGGAGGUCAAAAGUCUCUGCGAUCAUACUGGAGGAAUUAUUUUGAGAGUACCGAUGGCUUAAUAUGGGUAGUGGACAGUGCUGACAGAAGGCGUUUAGAAGAUUGUAAGAAAGAAUUAGAUGGAUUAUUAUUAGAAGAAAGACUUGCUGGUGCUACUCUCCUUGUUUUUGCAAAUAAGCAAGAUUUACCAGGAGCUUUGUCAGGAGAAGAUAUAAAAGAUGCUUUAGAUCUUGAGAGUAACGUGACACAUCACUGGCGAAUACAAGACUGCAGUGCUGUGACAGGAGAAAACUUAUUAGGUGGUAUCGACUGGGUACUUGAUGAUAUAGCCUCUAGGAUAUUCACGAUGGACUAGGUUCUAUCACAAUAACGACAAUUUGUGCCACAUAAUUUGACAAUUGUGCAGAAAUGGAAUGUGAUAGCGAUGGUGAUUUUCAGGUGAUAUCAUUAAAUGACCAAACAAAAACUUGAUUGUGAAUUAUCAAUCAAUAUCAGCUUAGAAGUUAAUGAGAGAAAGUUCUGGUGAAUGCUGUCCCAGGCCAUAUCAUGUUUCUUCGUCGCGUUGAUUUGACCUGGUUGGCUAAUAUUGACAUGAGUUCUCCCCUGUCUGACAUCAUGGAAUUUGCCCCCAAACUGGGACCCACCUCGUGAUUGUUCCUCCAUCGUGUCCUGGGAAUCAUCUACCAGACUGAUGUCCUGAUUAUCUUGUCAAAGUUGUAGAUGUGCUCUGGCUUACUGUACUUUUAAAAAAUAAAUUGACAUUAAAUCCA